UCCUGGGCCUGGCACUCUGCAGAGGUACUCUCUAGGCAGCCAUGAUUAGGGAGAGGGUUGGGAUUGGCCAUUGAAAGGGCACCGAGCCUUCAGCCAGGCACUAUAGCCACCAACUUCUCAUGGUAGUCUGGGCUCCACAGUUCUUGCUAAGAGCACCAACAUCGGGCCUGGGGUUAGACUAGAAGUCUGAAGAGGAGACACUUGAGGGUGACCCAAAACUGUUCUAGAGGCCCUGGGGCCUGAGAAUAGAGGAGUCAGAAGAGUUGCUAAACCUGUACCUGCUGUUCCUGGCACCCCUUCCCCCAGCACAAAUUGUGCUGUCACCCCAGCAGGGUACUCCCAAACUGGAUUCCUUGCUCUAAGUCCCAUAAAAGAUACUCCAGCCUAGACUGCCAUGUCCAACAUGCUUUUCAUGAGACUUGAGGGCUCCAAAUCGACUUACACUCCCUUCCCUUUCCUCUGUGUUCAUUUUACUACCAAACUGGAAGUUUUUCCUUCACAAGGCCACUUGUCACCUACUUUUUUGUAUAUUAACUUCCAGCAAACUAGUUCCAACCCAGGCCACAGCCUUCAGCCUCUGUCUUCCUGCAUCCAACACCAGCUUAGCUUUCUAGACUUCCUCCUGUGAUUUCACUCAUCAGCCCUCAAUGGCUCACACACAAUCAAAUCUGGAUGCCUAAGUCCUCCUAUGACCCUCCUCCUGCCUCUUUUGACAAGCUUCAGUACUGCCUUUGAGCCUCCCUUCUUCCAUGGACCUCCCUUCUUCUCUUCAGUCUUGUCCAUCAUCCUGGGAAGCCAAGCACCUAUACAGGCUCUGCACUAGCAGUGAAGAAAUCAGGUACUGAGUGUAGAGGCGUGCAACCUUGUGCUCUCAAUUUGAUGAAAUUCCUCCUAGACCUUUGUACAAGGUCUAAAUUACCUCCUUGACUACCUUUAUUUUUCUUUUAAUUCUUUUAAUUUAAAAAAAAAAUUGGCUGGGUAUAGUGGCUCAUGCCUGUAAUCCCAGAACUUUGGGAGGCUGAGGCAGGUGGAUCACUUGAGGUCAGGAGUUCAAGACUAGCCUGGCCAACAUGGUAAAACCCUGUCUCUACUAAAAAUACAAAAAAUUAGCCAGGCGUGGUGGCAGAUACCUGUAAUUCCAGCUACUCAGGAGCCUGAGGCAGGAAAAUUGCUUGAACCUGGGAGGCAGAGGUUGCAGUAAGCUGAGAUUGCACCACUGCACUCCAGCCUGGGUGACAAGAGUAAAACUCCAUCUCAAAAAAAAAAAAAAUUUUUUUUUUUUUGGCUGGGCACAGUGGUUUAUGCCUGUAAUCCCAGCACGUUGGAAGAUCAAAGUGUGAGGACUAGCCUAUUGGCUAGUUUGAGACUAGCCUGGGUGACAUAGUGAGACUCUAUCUCUACAAAAAAAAAAAUUUUUUUUUUUUUUUUUUUUUGAGACAGAGUCUGUCACUCAGGCUGGAGUACAGUUGUGGUUGUACAAUCUUGGUUCACUGCUGCAACCUCUACCUUCCGGGUUCCAGUGAUCCAUCUCCCUCAGCCUCCCAAGUAGCUGGGAUUACAGGCGCAUACCACCAUGCCCAGCUAAUUUUUGCAUUUUUAGUAGAGACAGGGUUUCACCAUGUUGGCCAGGCUGGUCUCAAACUCCUGAUCUCAGGUAAUCCUCCCACCUCGGCCUCCCAAAGUGCUGGGAUUAUAGGCAUGAGUCACUGUGCCUGGCCUCCCAAAAUUCUUAAAAAUUAGCCAGAUGAGGCCAGGCACAGUGACUCACACCUGUAAUCCUAGCACUUUGGAAAGCCGAGGUGGGUGGAUCACUUGAGGUCAGCAGUCUGAGACCAGCCUGACCAACAUGGUGAAACCCCGACUCUACUAAAAAUACAAAAAAAAAUUAGCUGGGUAUGGUGGCGCAUGCCUGUAAUCCCAGCUGCUCGGGAGGCUGAGGCAAGAGAAUUGCUUGAACUCAGGAGGCAGGGGUUGCGGUGAGCCAAGAUUGUGCCAUUGCAUUCCAGCCUGGGCAACAAGAGCAAAACUCCAUCUCAAAAAAAAAAAAAAAAAGCCAGAUAUGGUGAUGUGUGCCCAUAGUCCCAGCUGGUUGACCUCCCAAAGUGCUGGGAUCACAGGAGUGAGCUGCCAUACCUGGCCUCCUUGACUUCUACUUUCUAUCAUACCCCACAUCCAAUUCAUCAAAAAUCCCAUCGCUAUUCCUUCAAUAUGUAUCCAGGGUCUGACCACAUCUCUCUGUUUCCAUCAACAACACUUGGAACAAACCACCACCAUCUCUCAUAUCUCCUCCUCUGCUUCCUUCACAUUGGUUUCCACUUGUGUCUACCUUAAGCUAUUCUCAACACAGUAAAGAUCCUUUUCACACAUAAUUCUGAUCAUGUCACUCCUCUGCUCAGAACCUUCCACUGGAUCCCAAAUCACCCAGAGUAAAAGCCCAAAUCCCCAUAACAACCUCUGAGGUCCUGUGAUGUGACCCUCCCCCUCCUCUCUCUCACCCCUUGCCAUUCUUCCCCUGUCACUUUGCUCCAGGCUCUUUGAACCCACUAAACACAUUUCUACCUCAGGGUCUUUGCAUUUGCUGGUUCUUUUGUCUAAAUUACUCUUCCUUCAGGUAGGUACAUGAGUUACCCACUUUCUUCAAAUUUCAUCUCUUAGGAGCGGGUAAGACUUCCCUGAGUACCCUCCCUAAAAAGCAGCUGUCAUUACUCUAUCCUCCUGUGCUACCUCAUUUUCUUCAUAGCACUGAUGGCCACUUCAUGUAUUUCUUUUUCUUUUUUUUUUUUUAAGACAGAGUUGCCCACACUGGAGCACAGUGGUGCAAUCAUGGCUCACUGCAUCCUUGAAUUUCUAGCUCAAUCGAUCCUCCUAUCUCACCCUUCUGAGUAGCUGUGACUACAGGCAUGUACCACCACACCCAGCUAAUUUUUGUAUUUUUGUAGAGACAGGGUUUUGCCAGUGUUACCCAGGCUGGUCUCAAACUCCUGGGCUUAAGUGAUCCAGCCACCUGGGCCUCCCAAAGUGCUGGGAUUGCAGGUGUGAGCCACCACGCCUGGCCACACAUUUCUAUUUAUCUGCUUAUUUAUCAUCUCUCCUUCUCUACCUCAUGAGAAUAGGAACUUCUGUUCCUUCCUGUAUCCUCAGUUCCCUAGGGAGUGCUUGGCAUAUAACAGACAUGCAAUAAAUACUUGUUGAACGAAUGGAUGAAUUAAUGAACAAAUUAUUCUAUGUUCCAAUCUGUGACAGCUUUUCUCCUAAACUGGGUUCCAGGGACUGUCAGGGCAGAUGCCCUACUUUAUUGUCUUUGAGCCCCAAAGGGAGCAUUUAUAAAUACUGACAACUUUUGGAAGGCCAAGGCAGAAGGAUUGCUUGUGCCCAGGAGUUUGAGGCUGCAAUGAGCUAUGAUCACAUCACUGUACUCCAGCCUGGGUGACAGAGCGAGAUCUUGUCUAUUAAAAAAUAAAUAAAUAAAAUUGAUAACUUAUGUAUAGUAAUUGAAACAGUUUGUAAGCAUCAUGCAAAACCAAUUUAGCUGAGCAAAAUAGGAUAGGGAUUGGGAAUACUGGAAUUCAAGAGUACAGAGUUCCCAAGCAGGCUUGGACAAAGGAGCUGUGUGGUCUGGGAGAAACAGUCUAUAUGGACUUCUGUUUCCUCAUUGGUAAAGCCAGGACUGGACUAGAUCUCUAAAUCCCUUUCAGCUUUCACAUUUUGGUUGUAAAUAUAGUGCAACUGCACAUUCAUUUGGCAAAUAUUUACUGAGUUAGAUGCAAGGCACUCACUGAGAAGACCCCAACCUCAAGAGCUCCCAAAUUGAAGGAGACUAAGAAGAUAGGGCAGCUCAGCUACAGUAAGGUAAGUCUUAGGAAGAAGCAUGCCCUAGAGUCAAGGCAGAGAAAGGGCAUUCUAGGCCAAAGAAAUGGCUAUGCAAAUGUAGGAGGCAUAGGGACAAGGGUUAUUUGUUAUUACAACCAUACAACUUAAAUUUACACAAAUAAUUGUUUGAGAAUAUGGCUUUUCCAGGCUGAAAAGUAUGUGCUGAUUCCAACAAAGCUAAAGUCUGUUUCAGCUGGGAGGACACUGACAGCUGAGAAAGGACCACAUGUGGCAUGCUCAUAACCUAAGUUGUUCAGGUUGAGGAAGUGAUCCCAGUAAGUCCUCUUGGAGUUUCAUGUAAGAUUGACUUCUUUGGCCAGGCACAGUGGCUCAUGCCUGUAAUCCCAACACUUUGGGAGGCCAGGAGUUUGAGACCGGUUUGGCCAACAUGGUGAAACCCCUGUCUACUAAAAAAUACAAAAAAUAGUGUGCUAUCGGGCCCCUGUAAUCCCAGCUCCUCGGGAGGCUGAGGCAGGAGAAUCUCUUGCACCCAGGAGGCAGAGGUUGCAGUGAGCUGAGACUGUGCUCUAGCCUGUGUGACAGAUUGAAACUCCAUCUCAAAAAGCAAAGAAACCAGCCUGGCAAACAUGGUGAAACCCCAUCUCUUCUAAAAAUCCAAAAGUUAGCUGGGUGUGGUGGCAGGCACCUGUAAUCCCCGCUACUCAGGAGGCCGAGACACUAGAAUCGCUUGAAUCUGGCUGGGAUGAAGGGAGGAGGUUGCAGUGAGCCGAGAUCGCUGAGAUAGUGCCACUGCACUCCAGCCUGGACAGCAGACACGACUCUGUCUUAAAGAAAAAAAAAAUGACUUCUUCCUUAUUGACCUGUGGCCGCUCCAAGGCCAUCAUCUCACAUCUUUCUACCUCCGCAGCACACAACACGCCUUAGUUGGCAACAAAGUCAGAGUUUGUGGAAUUUGGGGGAAGGGCGGGGUCAAACAGGUCAGACGUGGUGCAAGGUACAUCUUGGCACCCGGAAGAGGCCUAGCACGUUUGCCCCUGAGGUGACCCUACCUCCCCCACCAGUUGAGGCACCCUUGUUGCCAGGCAAGUCGCGUGGAUGCGCUCAUUGGCCAAGAAGGAACGCCUGUCACCAGAGGCGAGAACCAGAGCCCCAUUGGUCGGGACACCUCACAAUGAACCCCAGCAACGCGCAGAGUCCUUAUGAUUGGUUUGCCGCCUGUCUCAAGAGACCCCGUUGCCUGGAGCUCAGGAUACUUGGCGCUCUCAACCCGACCCCUGUUCCCCAUUGGCCUGGCAAAAGCCGCCAUCUAAUAAGCAGCGAAGUGCGGGGCUCCGGAACGCAGGCUUUCUGCCUUGCCAUCUAGUCCUGUGGGAGGCAGCCCAGGCUGUACCGCAGCCGCUCAAACCAGUGCAAGGCCCAAGGGCCUGACAUCACUUCUAGUGCUUGAGAACCAAGGCCUGCUGUGGAGGACACUGUGCUCCCUUGGGACCUGCUCUGGAUCCUCGGAGCUUCGCAUCUCCAACCUGGAACCCAGCCCAGAAGGCUCAAGUUCGACGCGCCCACUUGGCGUGCGGAUCCACUGAGGGUAGAUCCAGAGAGGUGUGCCCAUCUCCUGCGUCUCUUAGUUAUCCCGUGUUGGGAAUUCUGUGCCCUAAAGAAUUCCAACUCAGAUCCGAACAGGGAUCUGGUGGAAUCGAGGGUAAAAGGCUGGAGGGACCAUGUUCUACUAUCCCAAUGUGCUUCAGCGCCACACCGGCUGCUUUGCCACCAUCUGGCUGGCAGCGACGCGCGGCAGCCGGUUGGUGAAGCGCGAAUACUUGAGGGUGAAUGUGGUGAAGACCUGCGAGGAAAUCCUCAAUUAUGUGCUGGUACGAGUGCAACCCCUGCAGCCCGGCCUGCCGCGGCCCCGCUUCUCCCUCUAUCUCUCAGCCCAACUUCAGAUCGGUGUGAUCCGUGUCUAUUCUCAACAAUGCCAGUACCUCGUGGAGGACAUCCAGCACAUCUUGGAGCGCAUCCACCGUGCCCAGCUGCAGGUCCGAAUAGAUAUGGAGACUGAGCUACCCAGCUUGCUGCUUCCUAACCACCUGGCCAUGAUGGAGACCCUGGAAGAUGCUCCAGAUCCCUUUUUUGGGAUGAUGUCUGUGGAUCCCAGACUUCCUAGUCCUUUCGAUAUCCCUCAGAUUCGACACCUCUUAGAGGCUGCGCCCCCAGAGAGAGUUGAAGAGAUCCCUCCUGAAGUGCCUACAGAACCCAGGAAGCCAGACAGGAUUCUGGUCACUGCACUUCCCCCUGAGGCCAUCACAAUCCAGGAGGCAGAGCCCAUACGGAUGCUGCAGAUUGAGGGUGAACGGGAUAUCCCAGAGGUCAGCCGCCGAGACUUGGACCUACUGAUUGCAGAGGAAGAUGAAGCUAUCUUGCUAGAAGCCAGGCGUCUCCAGCAGCUUAAGGAACGCCUGGCACUGGAAGAGGCAAAGGAGGAGCCCCGGGCCCCAGAGGGCGAAAUCAUAGUCCCCCGGAUCUCACCUCCAGCUCCUGCAGAGGUAGAAGGAAUAGGAGAGCCACUUCCAGUCCAGGUCCUGGUCCCUGAGGAGCUGAGGCCGACAGGCUGGGAGCCUGGGGCCCCGCUCAUGGAGGUGACCCCCCCAGAGGAACUUCGUCUGCCAGCCCCACCCAGCCCAGAGCGGAGGCCCCCGGUCCCCCCACCUCCUCGCCGCCGCGGUCGUCGUCGUGAGUUACUGUUCUGGGAUAAGGAGACACAGAUCUCCCGUGAGAAAUUCCGGAAACAACUACAAACCAGAGCCCACUGCCGGGAAUGUCCCAUGGUGCAGCCUCCUGAGAGGACCAUCACAAGCCCUGAGGAGUUGUUCAGAACCCCAACUCUAUCUGGCUGGCUACCCCCUGAACUACUGGGCCUCUGGACUUCCUGUGCCCAGCCACCCCCAAGAGCACUCAGGCGAGAGCUGCCCGAGGAGGCUGCUGAGAGGGAGGCAGCUGCUGAGGAAGAAAGGAUUGAAGUUCCAAGUGAGAUUGAGGUCCCGAGGGAGGCCUGGGAGCCCAGUGGUCCCCUUAUGGUGUCUGCAGAGCUCUCCCUGGAGGCAGCUGAAGAGGAGAAGUCCCGUAUCAGCCUCAUCCCACCAGAAGAACGGUGGGCCUUGGCUGAGAUGGAGCAGCCAGAGGCUCCUGCAUUGCCUGUGGUGCCUGAACUCCCCGAAGUGCCUGUGGAGAUGCCUUUAGUGCUACCCCCAGAGCUUGAGCUGCUCUCACUGGAAGCUGUGCACAGGGCAGUGGCACUGGAGCUGCAGGCCAACAGGGAGGCCGACUUCAGCAGCCUGGUGUCACCUCUCAGCCCCCGCAGGAUGGCCGCCCGGGUCUUCUACCUGCUCCUGGGUAAGUGUGUGCGUCGUGUGUAUACGGGGCAGAGACACACAAACCAAAGGCCCAUACGCGGACUCCCCCAACCUGCCCUCUUCCUCCCCUCUUGACCAGUGCUCUCAGCGCAGCAGAUUCUUCAUGUGGAACAAGAAAAGCCAUAUGGUCGCCUCCUGAUCCAGCCGGGGCCCAGAUUCCACCGAGGUUAGAGUACAUUUAAGCUGUCAGGAAACCGGCCACUUCCAGUAACCAUGCCGUGCUUCACUGGGCCCUGCCCAGUGAAUCUCAUUUCUGAAUGUGCAUGUCUAGCCUUCUUGCUCUCAGAGCUAUUGUUCAAGCAGAAAACAAACUGCUUUUAUUACAA